AUGAACAACACAACAACAUCAUCAUCAUGUGUAGUUUUAAGUUGGUCAUCAAGUACAGUUGAUGCUCGUACAGCAACAUUAUACAUCUGUUCAAUAGCUGUUGUUAUUCAUGCAUUAUUUUGGAUUCAAUUUUCUUUAUGUUCAUCAGUACGACAAAAAGGAAUGAUGUGGAUUUAUGCAUAUUUAUUAACAGAUCUUUUUCUUCUUUUUCGAUUUUUUUUAUUUUAUUUUCAACGAAUAGCUGAAGUUUGUAUUCCAACAGUUGCAAGAAUUUAUUUAUGUUAUUUUGAAGCAACAUCAAAAAUUUAUACAAAUACAAUUCAAAGUUAUAUUUUAUUAGCAUUGAAUGUUUGUCGAUAUAUUCAAAUUGUUUUUAAUCGAAAUGUUUAUUUGAAACAUAUUUAUAUAAUAAUUCUUGUUCAUUUAUUAAUGUAUACAUUACCAAUAGUUAAUAUUGCUUUUCAAUUUCUUGUAAAUUGGACCCAAUUAUGGAAACAAUUAGGUGGAACAUGUGAUAUUCGAUAUACAUCAAUCUAUGUUCAAGUAUAUAAUUUAAUUCUUAUUUAUAUCAUACCUGUUUGUCUUAAUAUUCUAUUUCUUUCACUCUGUAUUCGUUUUAUGAAUCAAACCAAAUCAAUUCAAAAUCAACAAAUUGUAAAUAAUCGAAGAAAAUUUUAUCGUAAACUUUUAAUUCAAUCAAUAACAUUUUAUACAAUUUGGUUUCUUUUAUGGAGUCCAUUUGUUAUUUCAUUUCAAUUUAUUAAUGUUAAUACAGUUGCAGGUAUUGCUACAUCUUCACUUAAUUAUAUACAAGUUGCUAUUGAUCCAGCUAUUGUUGCCAUUAUUGAUGUACGCUUUACAAAAGCAUGGAAAGCAGCAUGGAGAAAAAUUAAAAACUAUAGACAAGCAAAAAUUCAUCCACCAAUUACAACAGUUAUCGUUAGAAAACGAUAA